AUGGGCAGGAGUUUCCAUGAUAUGAUUGAGUAUCUUUCGGCAAAUUAUGAUCGGAUGCCAUUAGGUUCUCAGAUUCAGAUAGUAAUUCUGACUAUUCAGCACAUUUUCUAUCCCAUCCUGGCUAUUAUUGGUGUCCCUGUUAAUUUACUGACAAUUGUGAUAUUGUCUCAGAGAAAGUGUGGACUCUCCAAAUGUGUCACUCGCUAUCUGACGGCCAUGGCUGUGAUGGAUCUAUUGGUUCUAAUCUUCGACCUGAUACUGAGGCAUAUUCCAGUUGUUUUUUGGGAAGGGUUUCUUUUCCUGUAUUCUGUCCCUGUUUGUAAUAUCCAUGCUGUCCUGGUUUAUGCAGCCACUGACUGUUCAGUCUGGUUCACUGUCACUUUCACCUUUGAUCGAUUUGUGGCCAUUUGUUGCCAGAAGCUGAAAACUAAAUAUUGCACAGAGAGAACGGCAGCUCUGGUUCUGGGAACAGUCACAGUGUUAAGCUUUUCAAAGAAUAUUUUCUGGUAUUUCAUGCUGACAGGCUGGUAUGUGUUGGUGAAUGACCCCUGGUUUUGUCGAAUUACACUGGAGGCUCAGAAAUCGGAAGCUUGGGGAGCAAUUGAGUUCCUUCACUGCAUUCUCACCCCGGGAAUUCCAUUUAUUCUGAUCCUGCUGCUGAAUGCUUUGACUAUCAGACACAUUUUAAUGACCAGCAGAGCCCGCAGGAGACUCCGAGCUCACAGAAGUGGAGAGAGUCCCAGAGACACAGAGAUGGAAAGUCGAAGGAAAUCCAUUAUUUUAAUUUUUGUUAUAUCUGCAAAUUUCAUGCUGCUAUGGGCAGUGUUCAUGACUAAGUUCAGGGAGGAGAUGAAGACUGUGGUGAUGUAUCCAUUUACACGAAUCAUAAACUUCAUCAAAUGA